CCAUGUACAAAGAACUACCUUAUAAAAACCCUCUAACCUUUUCAAUCCUCAACCACCUCCAACCGCCACAAGCCACCGUGCAACCGCCACCAACAUGGAAGGCCCUGUGAGUUCAUUAAUUAAAAAUCAAGUUUUUUCAAAUGAAAGAGCUGAUGCAUCUGAAGAGAGUGGUUGGACUGCUUAUUUAGAGGAUUUUUCAUUAAACCAAACAAAACAUAGUCCUUCUUCAUGUUCUUUGGAUAGCUUUGGGAGCCCUUCUUUGGUAUCUGAUGCUGCAUGGAACGGGUCCAAAAACAAUCAAGUCGGGCCGUGUUCUUCGUUAUUUGGCUCACAAUUUCCUAAGAGAUUGAAUUUCAAGAAUCAUAGGAUGAGUAAGAAAAUAUCUUGUGAUGAUUUAGAGGAUACAGCUAGUUCUCCUGUCAACAGCCCUAAGGUCAGUAGUAAUUGGAAACUAGUGGAUACCAACCACAGAAGAUCAGAUGAUAGUAUAGCCGAUUUAGUGGUGGGUAAACAAGAUGGCUUCGAUAAUUCAUCUGAGUUUCAAAGAAACAAUAUGAAUAUUGCUGAUGGAAGAAAUAUUGAAGGAAUGGACCUCCAGAAAAAGGGAUUGUGUUUGAUGCCUAUGUCCGUGUUCGUAGACUAUCUUGGCUGACUAAACCCUCCUUCCCACACUCUUUUCCAUCUCGCUAUUAAGAUAUGGAGUUUCAUCUCAAAAGGUCAACCUUCAUAAAAGUUUUAUUUCCUUUUUAUUAGACGGGCUUUUAACAUCUGCGCCACGCCCUUUUGUGCACAGGGCAAUUUAUGUUGCAAAACUCAAUGUAUGUUGUAAAGAAAAAUCUCUCUGGUAUUGUAAGUAUACAAUGAAACCAAUGCAAGUCUGUGACAACUAUUGAAAAAGCAAAGUUUCAUA